UAAUAAUUGGAGACUACAACCAUAAAUGAAGAACAACAAAACAACAACAACAACAAUAGAAGAAAGGAAAAAGAUAAAAAUAAUAACAAUCAAUUGAGGAAGAGAACAUGAAACAUUAUGUGCUCGUUCACGGCGGUUGCCACGGCGCAUGGUGCUGGUACAAGGUCAAACCGGUGCUGGAAGCUUCAGGCCACCGUGUGACCGUUGUUGAUCUCACGGCUUCUGGUGUGAACAUGAGCAAAGUGGAAGAGAUUCAGACUUUGGAGGAUUACGCUAAGCCGUUGCUUAAGGUUCUUGAGUCGUUUGGUUCAGAGGAUAAGGUUAUCCUCGUUGCACAUAGCCUCGGAGGGAUAUCAGUUGGUCUUGCAGCCGACAUGUUUCCUAGUAAGAUCUCUGUUGCUGUCUUCAUAACCUCUUUCAUGCCUGAUACAACGAAUCCACCUUCUUACGUUUUCGAAAAGUAUCUCGGUAGUGUUAUGGAAGAAGACAGGUUAAAUAUGGAGUUUGGGACAUAUGGGAGACAUGAUCGUCCUCUAACCACUAUUCUUCUUGGAACUAAAUACUUAGCCAAGAAGAUGUAUCAACUUUCUCCAAUCGAAGAUUUUGAAUUGGCCAAAACAUUGGUGAGAGUCGGACCAGCGGUUACCAGAAACCUGACGGGUACUAGAAGCUUAACGGAGGAAGGAUAUGGUUCAGUUACUCGUGUGUAUAUUGUAUGCCAAGAAGACAAGGGUUUAACCGAAGAAUUUCAGCGAUGGAUUAUCGAGAACUUUCCGGUCGAAGAAGUGAUGGAGAUCAAAGAUGCAGAUCACAUGCCGAUGUUCUCCAAGCCACUUGAACUGUGUGAUCGUCUUCUAAGGAUUGCUGACAAAUACCCGAAAUUGAGGUAUUAGUAGCAAACUUCAGUUUUCACCACCAUGAUAGGCAAAGAUGUUUCAUGGGGGUGACUAUUUAUAUGAAUAAGAUUCCUGAAAAAAAAACUCAUUUCUACAACAA